CGGAAUUAUUCAUUUAUGGGGUUGUUAGCCGCCAAACUCGGCAUUUCAGGGACUAUGAAGCUCGAUGUUUGGCUUGAUAGCCCAGGUAUCACGUGUCCAUCUAGACCAUCUAGACUAGACGUAGGUUCCAUUAUGCGUUACACAGGGCCACUUAUACAUUUAAUAGAAAGUAGUAAUGCAGAUGUGAAUUUCAAAGUGUUAUGUGAGACAAAUACUACAACUAAACCUACAGCAACAUCGGACCCAUCAAAUACACAAUCUGUGAUCAGUUCAACACUGUCUUCUUUGAAAGCAGCACCAGUUUCAGUUACAUCAGGAGGCUCGGACUGGCAGUUGUGCUUUGACAAAUGUUACUACCUAACUAGUAAAAUCAAGGUUACGUUCGAAGAUCAGAAGGCAGUUUGUCAGUCAAUGGGAAGCAGGCCUGUUGACUUUGGUUCAAAACAAGAACAAACUCUGGCGGCGGAGCUAUCUACGUACCGGCUUGUCAAGUUUGAUGGUCAGCCGUACUGGAUAAAUAAAAGAAACACUGUAAACAAUACUGGUAUACCGUCCUGUAGAACAAUCACGUUUUCUGGAAACGGUAUUCAUCUGGAACAAGAUGUGUCAUGCUCGGCGUUAUCACAUCCGUUCUGUGAGAACGACAUAUCGUUUUGUCAGUCUUCGAGGAAAAAUAACACAUUAACGCAUGAUUGGGUGAAAGUCGGACAAAGCAACUAUUACCAUUUGUCAUACUCCACUCACACAUAUUGCGACGCAAAGACCUUCUGUCAGAAAGUAUUGCAUGGUAAAAUAGCAAGUGUCGGAAAUCAUUCAUUUAUGGGGUUGUUAGCCAUCAAACUUGGCAUUUCAGGGACAACGAAGCUCGAUGUUUGGCUUGAUAGCUCUGGUAACUCGUGCCCGUCUGGAUCUGGCUUAGGUAAUGUAAUGCGAUACACAGGACCGUUGGUACAUCUGAUAGAAAUGAGGAAUACAUCAGAAAACUUCAGAGUGUUGUGUGAGACAAAUACUAUCACAAAUUCGACACAGAUAACAAGUUCCUUACAAACAACAAUUACAACUAGAACUACAAAACCGAUAAGACAUUCAACAACGCAUUUAGCAACAGUAAAGUCUAGCACUUCAACUCGUAUUCCACAGACAUAUACAGUAUCUCCGUCUACACAAUCAGGGGUUCCACAAACGACACAGUAUCAAUCGUCAUCGACAACACGACUGCAAUCAGCGCUGGUAUCACGACAAGCGACAUCAGCAAAACGACCACAAUCGAUAUCAACAACCCCACAACAGUUGGCUUUGACAAUUACACAGCAAGAGGCAUCAGCCACGCUAAAACAAUCGACAACGACAACACUUCUACAAUCGGCAUCGACAGCUGAUCAUCAAGCGACAUCGACAACACAAGCACAGCCACAAGUGGAAUCGUCGACAAGAAUACAAACAACAUCCACAACAGGAUUACAAGCGGUAUCGAUAACACGAAUACAAGCAGCGUCCACGACAAAAUCAUCAGCGGCAUCAACAACAUCGCAACACGCGACGAAACCAGCUGCUAUGUCUUCAGUGCCUCGACAUAGGGAGGCUAAGAAACUUGCAGUAUCAAGAACAUCAGAUCCAGAAUGGCUUAAAGUUAGUCUGAAUGAAUAUUUCAUUAACUACAAGAGCAGCACAUACCGACAAAGCGGACAUAUUUCAACAAACUACUUCAAAAUUUUACCUAAUUCUAAUGCAGACUCGUUCUGGAUUGGCGCUCAUACGGUUCGAGAUGAAGAACCCAGUGAUACAGGAAUUACAUACAUACCGUAUAAGAAUGAACCCGUCCGCUUCUCGUUGACGAAAGAACAGGUACAGGGUAUGUGGAAGGAAUUACGACAACAACGAAAUGCAAAUAAAAACGCCAAAAGCCCUUAAAGGGAAAGGAAUGUUGUUAGCAACAAGGAACAAAAUGGCGAAUUUAUGGAAUUUCUAGAUACAUAUUUAAAGUGUAUUUACUUAUUUCUGUAAAAUAAUUUCUCUAUUUUUUCUAGCUAAAAUGAAAAAAAAAUAUUAUGUUUUACACCUUACAUUCAAGAAACAUAUGAAGUUAAUAUAUAUUUAAAAGGUAAUUUGCUAAAUAAAGAAUUCAGUAGUGUGUAAAUGAUGUCAUAAACACAGUAAAAUGGCAUGAACAAUCUUUGAAGAGGGUCACCAAAGAACAUUUCAGUGAAACAUUUUAUGAAAUCUGGCCAAGAUUUCUGACAAGAAGAUUUCAGUUGUUUUCCUUUCCGUUGUCAGAAUGUCUGCUUUGAACAACUAGUAGGACUAUCCAUGCUAAGUUUCAUCGCCUUUUAUAAAUUAUAGUUGUUCUACAGAAAUGAUGAAGUCGACGGACGGACGACGAAGGGUGGGCACGCCUUGAGCACUUUGUACUCUGCUUUGAGCAUUUCAUGUUCUGGUGUAUAGAAAGUUUAAUUUCACUUGAAUGGUUGAGUGCACAAUGUUGAAUGUUCUGAUGUAGAAGGGCAUAACUAAAAAAAAAUCAAACAUGAAAGUCCUGAAAAUGUGCGCAUGCCCAAUUCACUGUAAUGAUGUUUACCAAGUGUCAUUUCAAUUGGAUAGAAACUGUAGGAUGGAGCUGAGUGCUUAAAGUUCAUAGGAAUGAAAAAAUAGGGAGACGGACGGACUGAUGGACGGAUAGUUCAAACAUUAUGUGCCACUCGGGCGAUAGACACAGGAUGCAUAAACGUA